AUGGAACCUUCAGCACAGGAAAUUGUCACUGCCAUGCAAGAAGCCGUCAAGGCCAACCCAUCCUUGAAAUCAAAAUUCAAUGCCUGUGUGGAAUUUCAAUUGACCGGAUCGGAUUCGUUCCAAUUGGACGUUAGCAAAUCUGGAAAGGAUAAACCAGACUUGGUCGUCAUUGCAUCAUUAGAAGUCUUUCACAAAUUAUUGAACAAGAAGCUGACGCCACAACAAGCAUUUAUGCAAGGAAAACUCAAAAUCAAAGGGAAAAUGGGCCUCGCUAUGAAAUUGACGUUAAUUCUCAAUGCCACGAGAAAGGUGCUUCAGAAGAAUCAUUCCAAAUUGUAA